AUGAGUGACAGCUCAAGAAUUCCCAUUUUGCCUGACGAUAUCGUCAACUCCAUCCUCAUAAAGUUACCUGUCACAUCUCUUUUACAGUUCAAAUGUAUCUGCAAAUCAUGGCGUUACUCCAUCAAUAACCCUAACUUCAUCAAGUUGCAUUUACAUGAAUCGUCUGCCAAUAUAAGUCGUCAAAAACUUCUCUUUGUUUCUUUUAGAAAUAUCUUCAGGUCAAAUGCUAAAUUCCACUUUCAUGAAGCAUUACUUGGUGUUGAUUCCAAAGUGCAUUCAUGCAAUGGUUUGGUGCUUAUGAAAACUGAGAUCAAUAUGAUCGUAUGGAAUCCUGCAAUUCGAAAAUACAAAUUGUUACCUAAGCCUGAUGAUAAGUUGCUACCAUGGUACGACGACGCACUAUUUGGUUUUGCCUAUGAUUUAGUGGCUGAUGAUUACAAGUUGUUCUACCAAGAUCUUGUUUCAUUAAAUGGUACAAUUAACAUUAUGGCCGCUUCAAACAUAGGAAACUACAAGCAAGAUUCUGAAUACUUGGUCAUAUCCUUAUACUUAGCAAAUGAAAAAUUCGUUAUAACGCCAGUUCCAGGUAAGCAUAAGUAUAAACUGAAAUUGCAUGCUUUUGCUAAUCGUGUUUGCAUUUCCUGGAUGGUCGAAGGGAAAAUUUCAAUUUGGGCAUUAGAGGAAGAUGGGAAAACUGGCUUGACAUGGAAUAACAUCAUGAAGAUUCCGACUUUGGGAUCAUUGAUUGGAAAGCCCACGUGGGGUGACUUCAUAUUUCUCAAGGCGAACGAAAAUAUACUAUACAAAAUGAUUGAUAAUGAUAGUUAUUAUUUGAUCGAGUACAAUGUGCGGAAAGAUGAAGCCACAGAGUAUUGCCUGGACGAACUUCCGAUGAAAGGAAUUCGCGGAGUUUCACUUUUGCACGUCGAAAGUUUAGUUUCCUCGGCAAUUCUUUGGGACUAG